UCAUACACAAAUAAUGUAAAUAUAUGGUAUAUCAAGGUUGUGGACCCUCUAGAAGUCACAAUUUUGAUCCGCCGAUUUUGAUGAAACUUGAAAUAUAUCUUUAUAACCCAAAGAUCUUGGUUCCUGUCGAUAUUCGCGCAUAUCGGAUCGUAACUUCCUGAAUUAUGGCCCUUGAUUGCAUGAAAAAUCGCUUUUUGUUUUAGCUUGUUCUCUAUCCAUCUCUUGCAAAAUGUGGGCGUAUCCUGAAUGUUCAAAAAAUGUUAUAGGCCAAGAAAAUGCAUGGUUUUAACGUUGAAGUCAAUUAGGAAAGGCUGACUAGUCUUAGCUCGAAUAAUCGGCCCUUAAAUGGAGUUAUGUCCCUUAAGCUGUUAUUCUCGAUACAGGCGAAUAUCUAUUUUCCAAAUUAACGAAUCAAGGCGAAGAUCGCCGCUUGAACAAUUAUUACCAUAUUGGAUACUAAACUACCUAAGCAAAUAAAUACAGGCAGUUUACAACGCAACUUUAGCAUUCAGGAAUUACUAUUUUCCAUAUAUGGGCAAUUGGGUCAUUGGCAAGUCUACGUGAAUAAAUAUACUGACGUAUAAGGCAAUGUGUACACUAUCUAAAUAAAAAUUGUCAGAUAUCUAUUAUAGAAUAUUGCUCAUUAUAUACUUUUUUUUUAUUGUUAAGAUCUGACAACCUUAUAUAGGGACGCUGCUAACAGUGGGACGACUAUAAAAAGCUACCCCAACUUGUGAUGAGAUUAACCGUAUUACUAUUACGAUUCAGAUGCGAAAGGUAUACACAAGGUUCACACACAGGAUCUCUGAAAUCUACUGAAUGAGGAGUUCUCUUUCACUAUAAGAAUAAGGAAUAAACGCCCAUGGAACAAAAGGAAACUUUGAAUCCAGAGGAAGCAAAUUUAUCGACGUGCUUCGAUAAAUUUGUAAGAUGUGAAUCACUUAAAGAUACAAUACGCUUAUUUAAAAUAUUAAGUGGAUUAAUUGACGUGGACCUUAAAGACAAUCGUAAUGUAUAUUCAAAUAUUAAAAAUAAAGUCAACACUUGGCGUGCUAGAGCGCUUUGGGAAAAAUUAGACCUUAGAGUUUCACAACAGAUUUAUGAAGAUAAAGCGGCAUGCACAAAUUUGAAGGCAUUAAUUAUUGGAGCUGGUCCAUGUGGUUUACGGUCAGCUAUAGAAAUAGCUCUCAUGGGUGGUAAGGCAGUAGUAGUAGAAAGACGAGAAGAUAUUACAAGAAACAACGUCCUUAGUUUAUGGCCGUUCGUGGUUCAAGAUCUUAAGAGUCUUGGAGCUAAAGACUUUUUUCCGGGUUUUUGUGUUGGAGGAAAAGACCAUAUAAGUAUACGAAAAUUACAAUGUAUACUGGUAAAGACUGCUCUAUUAUUGGGUGUAGAGGUUCACAUUAAUGUCGCAUUUAAUGAUUUGAUAGAACCACCUGAAGACCAAACAACGGGUACUGGAUGGCGAUGUAAGACAGAACCAGAAGAUCACACAGUUUGUCAGUAUGAGUUUAAUACUGUUAUAGGUGCUGAUGGUAAAAGAUAUGGAUUGAAAGGAUUUAAAAGAAAAGAAUUUAGAGGUAAAUUAGCGAUUGCCAUAACAGCCAACUUUGUCAACAAACGAACUAAAUGUGAUGCUUUGGUACCAGAGAUUUGUGGAUUGUCGUAUCUUUAUGACCAAGCGUUCUUUAAUGAUCUGAAAAAUAAAACGGAUAUAGAUUUGGAGAAUAUAGUCUACUUUAAAGGCGAAACACAUUAUUUUGUGUUUACAGCUAAAAAGGAAAGCUUGUUGAGAAAGGGAGUAUUGAAAGAGACUUUUAGUGAUCCGAAUAUUCUACUACAAAAAGAAAAUGUGGACCACGACAAAUUAUUAGCUUAUGCUAAAGAAACCGCAAACGAAUCAACACAAUGCAAGUUACCAGAUUUAGAGUUUCAACCAAAUAAGGAUGGUGAACCCGAUGUGGCUAUGUUUGAUUUUACAUGUCUUUGUACUGCCGAAUAUUCUUCUAGGGUCGUCGAGAGAAAAGGUCACAUGUUACUGGCAGCUAUAGUUGGCGACAGUUUAUUAGAGCCAUUUUGGCCAUCAGGUACCGGAGCGGCGCAUGGAUUUCUCGGUGUCAUGGAUACAGCCUGGAUGAUCAAGCAGUGGUAUUCUGGUCAAUUUACACCACUGGAAGUUUUAGCAGAAAGGGAAACAAUAUACCAACUUCUACCUCAAUGUUUCGUUAAAAGUUUAUAUAAUAAUCACCUUCAAUAUAAUAUAGAUCCUACCUCGAGGUAUGUAAAUUUACACACUAAAGCCAGGUUAAAACCAUCAGUUGUUAGUCAUCAGUACGAUGGGGAAACAAACGAUUUAUCAUCUAAGAUAUUACCAAGUAAUUUACAAGCAGACACGUAACCUACAUUAAACAUUAAAUGUGUAUUCUUUAUUGUGAUAGACAGAACCAGAACUGUGAUAUGUAAAGUUGGUCUGCUUCUUGACCUACAUUUAGCUUUAAACUCUGCCACCGAUUACUUUUUUUUACAUUUCGGCGUUUUUGUAUACAUGUAAUAUAUUUUUUUCGAGAAGUUUAAGAAUUGAACUUAUAGCGUUGAAAUCGCUAUAAACAUUAAAGCCUGGCGUACAUGAGUGAUUUUUUUCACUUGAUAAAGCAACGAGUAAUUUUUCGGCAACCGGCCUAAUGUUAUAUUGCAAACAGAUUUUCCAUGUUACAAAUGCCUGUGUUUGUAUUGUACAAAUCAUCAACAUCUGGGCAGGUGUUGAAUCAAUAUUAUCAAUAGUUACAAAGCCCUAUGGUCUUGUGAGCAACUAUCAAUCACUAUGGAAAAUCCCACCGAAGAUCCGAGUUCCGUCCAUUUACCCCACUCUUAAGAAAUAAAACCAAUCAAAAUAGUGAAUUAUCAUGAGCUAGUAUUAGUCACAGAAUGAGGACCAGUCUACCUGUCCCCAAUGUGAACACCCUUGCGAUUUUCAUUUUGA